UUUCCCCCUCUUCCUCCUCACCCUCCUCGAGACAUUUGCUGGUUUUCAUGUCUCACCCAAAUGGCCCAUACGGGCACUACCCUCACAAUCCUUACAACACCAACAACAACGACUACAGCCAUAACACUCCUUACGACGAAACUCCUCAACCUUUCAUGGCCGCACGAGGUCCCCUCUACCACCAUCCAUCCUACUCUGCCUCUCAACAAUCCCUACACACCUACCAAGCCUCUGAAUACGCCUCUUCAGUCUACGCUCUCAACACCACCAACCCCACCGACAACUACCAUGACGACCCCUCCACCCACGGCGCCGCUGCUGGUGGUGGCAUGCCCAUGUCGCCACUCGGCAGCAGUAGAAACCUCGAGGAAGAAAAACGAGCCAUCUACGAAUCCCCCCGUGCCAAAUCCAACAAACGCAAAUACCUCAUAUCUGCGCUCGCCCUCCUCAUCGUCGUCCUCGCCAUCGCAGGCUUUUGCGUUUAUUGGUUUGUUUUCAGGAAUAAAAGCAGUAGUGGCAGCGGUUCUCCAGCUGGUCAACAGGGCAAGGGCAAGUCCCUUGCUGUGUUUGGGGGGAACGGGUCCAAGGUGUUGUUGGAGGAUGGUACGGAGUACACCUAUACGAACCCCCAUGGCGGCUGGUGGUACUAUGAUGUGAAUGAUCCAUUCAACAAUGGGGCGAAGGCGCAGAGUUGGAGUCCUGCAUUGAACGAGACGUUUAAUUAUGGCGUUGACAAGAUUAGGGGCGUCAACCUAGGCGGCUGGUUAACCAUCGAACCUUUCAUCACUCCUGCUCUGUUCGAGGCAUACCAAACUAGCACCCCGCAUCCCGUUGAUGAAUGGACGCUUCAUACCGUUAUGGCUGCUGAUACCGCCAACGGAGGCUUAGAUCAGAUUGAGAAACAUUAUCAGACGUUUAUCACGGAAAAAGACUUUGCGGAAAUAGCAGCAGCAGGACUCAACUACGUUCGACUUGCCGUUCCUUACUGGGCGAUCGAAGUUCGUUCAGGAGAACCGUUCUUGCCAAAGGUUGCUUGGAAAUACUUCAUCAAAGCCGUCGGCUGGGCGCGCAAAUACGGAAUCCGCAUCAACCUCGACCUACACGCCGUCCCUGGUAGUCAAAAUGGAUGGAACCAUUCUGGCCGUUUGGGCGAAGCCUCGUUCUUACAUGGACCGAUGGGGUAUGCGAAUGCACAGCGGACGUUGGAUUAUAUCCGUAUCCUCGCGGAGUUUGCGGCGCAGCCACAGUACAAGGAUGUCAUUACGAUCUUUGGGAUUAUUAAUGAGCCGAGGUGUGAUUUUACUGGGAAGGAUCAGUUGGCUGGGUUCUAUGCCCAAGCGUACCAAAUUGUUCGAGAUGCUGGAGGUCCUUGGGUGUCGAUACACGAUUGUAUGAUGGGCAAAGAUGCGUGGGCAACGUUUAUGCCGGACGCGGAUCGACUUACGCUUGAUACCCAUCCGUAUAUGGCUUUUGGAAAUCAGGAUUCUGAUGGGUGGGGAAAGAAGAUUUCGACGCCUUGUCAGUGGGGGACUGAGUUUAAUAAGAGUCAGGGUGUCUUUGGGUUGAAUAACGCGGGAGAGUGGAGUUUGGGAAUCAACGACUGUGGGUUGUUCCUGAAUGGUGUGGAUGAAGGUGUGAGGUACGAGGGACGAUACGUACCUGAUCCCAGUUUCAAGCGUGUGGGCAGUUGCGAUCAGUGGACGGAUUAUGAGAGUUAUACUGAUGCGACGAAGAAGGAGAUUUUGAGUUUUGUCUUGGCUAAUAUGGAUGCUUUGCAGAACUACUUCUUUUGGACAUGGAAAAUCGGUCCCUCACUUGCAUCUGGAAAGAUCGAAACACCGGCUUGGUCUUAUCAAUUGGGUUUACAAAACGGGUGGAUGCCACAGGAUCCGAGGGUUGCUAUGGGUGCAUGUGGGAAUACCUCUCCUUGGAUUGGACCGUUGAAAGUGGGUUCAGGGAACGUCGACCUUGCUGCAUAUCCAUGGCCACCUGUGUCAAUACAGGACGCUGGAUCACCCAAGACGCUUCCUGCGUAUACGGCUACGGGAACGUUGGUCACGCUUCAGGGGGGGACGUUGACGGUCAAAGGGGUGAAGCCGACGAAGGAUGCGGAUUUAGGCGAUGGAUGGAAUAAUGGGAAGGAUACGACGGGGAUGGCGGUUGAGAAUCCGAAUUGUAAUUAUUUGGAUGCGUGGAUUGGGACUAAGGCUCCUGCGCCUGUUCCACUCUGUGGUGGUGGUGGCGGGGCGCCAGCCGCGCCCGCCACGACAGUGAAGGCAGCGGGUACAGGGACGGGGACGGUGAAGGUGGCGGGUGCUGCUGCGACGGGUACGACUGCCAAGGGUGGAGUUGCUGGAUCUAAGAUUACGCCAGUUGCGGGGGAUGAUGAUGAUGACGAUGAGCUUGUGAGGAGGGGUGUUGUUCCGAGGCCGACGAUUACGCUUGCUCCUUAGAUUGCUCGAUCAUUUCAAUUCUUUCGUUGUCGUGUUUUGUUGAAAAUGCAUUUAGUCAUUUCAUACCCCUACCCCCCCAUCCCGUUUUACAAUGGCAUUGUAACUUAUACAUUAAUCUGCAGUUAGCAUACAUAUCUAUGGACUUGGGAACUUUACUGUCUUUCUUUUUACUUGCUCGCUCGUUUCUUCUACGUACGUUCCUUUUUUUUUUGGAAAUCCUAUCGUUGUCGUUUAUCGUGGAGUUACCGCUAUUCGUUCAAGUGGUUUCGUAGAUAGACUUGUUCCUCCGGAACGUUAACCACCGGUGCCCACUGAGCGUCGUUGACAAGUUGUGGCGUUUUUAACUCGCUGACAAGUUACUAUCUUUCGUUCUACUGUAUCAGGCUACCGAAACUCCGAGUUGGAACUGCUCCAGAAAGCCUCUCCGCUAGCCUC